AUGCGUCUGAACUAUAGCAAUAACUCCCUCAUAUUCGGUGUUCUCGCCGCUGCUGCUACCGCCGUCGUGUAUGGAGCACCUCUCAAUAACGCUGGUACUAGUGUCAUCAACAUCUCUAACAGCUCAUUCACCACCAAUUCCUCUACAUCUGCUGAAGAAACGUUACAUGCUCGGGGCGUUCUUCACGGCCGAACAACAGGUAGAAGAAAGAUUCAGAUGAAAUUCAAGAGCCCCAAUGCAGCCCUACUUGGUUCUCACCCACCCACGCCCCCUCGGGUGAAGGAGAUCCUCAAAGAUGUAGUCACCGACUGGCUGCAAUACGAAAAACAGCCUUCCGACAUCGAGCUUGAUUUUCUCAACGAGUUCAAAGGAAACAUGGGGGAGAAAUACACAGUGAUGAUGGGGAGCGAGGUGUGGAGGGAGAAGUGUAGGUCACCUUGGUCUUGUGAGGUGCAGUUGGUGGAUUACGAGGAUGAGUAUGAUGGGGCGCCACCAGUGGGGUGGCAGUGGGAUAUUGUAAAUGACGAGGAGGUGUUGCAUGUGAUGAGUGAUAGUCGGCUUUUACCACCUUAUACACAUUAG